GAGCAGUGCUAAAAUGACAGUUGUUGGAGGAAGUAUUUGUCACCCUGGAAUUAUAUUUUUUAAGGGCAGGUGUUGACGUAGAUGACGGGCUGUUUGGUGUGAAUUUAUAUCUCCUUGAAAGGUAGACUUUUCUCAACACUGGCAGGGGAAAGUAUAGUUCUUUUGUGAUUUUCACAUUAAUCAUGGUUCGUUAAGUAAGAAUCUCCGCUGAAUUGCUUUUCGCGUUGAGAAUGUUUACUCUGUUUUCCUUUCGCUGCUGUCAGUCUAGCAUGAAGUGUAGCAUCAAUCGCAGCUGAUCAUUGUUGGUAUACCGUAUGUUGGUGUUAAGGGAGACAGCCCAUUGUUCGGUUCUAUUGAAAUUUCUAGGAAGACUUAAGCUGUGAUAUCUUGUUGCCGUGGUCGUCCCGUCUCGAUUGAAAAGGCAACAAUUGCAAUUUUCUACGAAGAUUUCCAUUUAAUUAGCGAAUUCAUGGAAUUUUGAUAAAGUGCAUCGUCGCAAGUGACAGCAGGUGACGAAAGAAAUACGACAGAACAAAGGGAGUCCACUGUUUUCCGAAAGACUCGACUCGGGCGUACAAAACGCGAUUGUUUGGUGAUCUCUUCCCGUGAUAGAUGCAAAUUAUUUUUUUUUUUUUUUCAAUUCUUUUAGUCGAUUACAGCUGGCCUGUUUACCGAUUACCUCCCCCAACCCGAAUGUUCGCUAUGAAAUUGAAGCGAUUGUGAUGUGAAUAUUCUAAGGACAAGAUACAAUUUUCAUCUUGUCGAAUAUUUUAAUGGUGCAACCUAAGCAAGGUCAGAGAUACUUUGAAGUGUGCAAAACUGAACAAUUUCUAGGAAUCUGCGACGCAAUUUUGGCGUGAUUUGGUUCUAGUAAUGUCCGAUUUCGAACGUAUUUUCAUUGGAAUGUAUGGACUGCAGACAACAUUCUACAUUGGUCAUCUGUUAAUUGUGUUCCGUGGUUGUUGCGAAUGACAUUAGUGGUAGAGCCAUCGUGCAGUGAAAGGAAUAAAUGAAUACAUUAUGCAAAAUAGUUGAUUCGACCGUGUACGGAACAUACUUUGGUUUUCAAAUAAAGUUGCUUGGUCUUAAGGGAGCAAGGGAACUAUGGGGAAGGUCCUAGAGACUCGCUAAUACAUAGUUGUCUUACAAAACCAUCUGGCUUAGAAGUGCAUCAUUGGCUUCAGAAAGGACGAUUAUUCAGACUAAGGAAUUUCGAAACAUUGCAGCCAGAUUCAGUUGAGAGAUUGCUGCGUUAGUUGCCUGCUCUAUGUAGGGUUGUCUCCAAGCUAGGAACUACCUAAGGCACACUCCUACAUUCCCGAAACAAGGAGCUGUUGGAUUUGCAACUUCAUCGGUUUAUUUAAGCAUAACUCGGGGUUGAAUUCUCAGUUCUAUCCCAUUUCCUCUGGAUGUAAUUUGGGACAAGUCGAUACAUCCAAGCGCCUAGAUUUGAAACUUCCAUAAACAGUUCCCACCCAGAUUAUUCAUCGACGAUUGAAGCACCUUUUAUUAGUUGUUUCAACGUUAAAUAAUAUCAAAUUUAUCUCUUAGAUUUUACUAAACUAGAAUCUGUACUGGUUUUAUAGUAAAUAUGUGGAAAAUGAGCUGAUACUUCAAAGCAUGUUAGAGAAAACGACCUUCUUGCAGUUAUUCUAGUGUAAAUAAUAGCGAUAUCGCUUUCUUAUAAUUUACUAAUCCGCAGAUUUCAUUUUUUACUGCCUAACCUCCUCUUUUUUUGUGAUUCCUAAAGUAAAGCUGUGUGUCCGGGAUUGAUUUAGUCAGAUGAAUCUUAUUUUUCGUUGUCUACAAAGGUGACACAAUCAAAAUCGUUGCUAUGCUAAAAAUCCAGUAGAUCUAGACGCGCUGCCUCAGCCGUUUUACUAAGAUUUUGGUGUUAGUAAUAAAUUUGAGGGAAGAGUGGAAAUUAGCGUGUAUUAUACAUAAGGGAAUAUUCAGUAUGGGAAACUGUUUGAAACGAUCAGCAGCGGAUGAUAUCUCGCUUCUGCGGGGCGGCAAUGAACCAACGCGUGAGUCUUCAGCUGACCCCCUAGGGCCGCCACUCUAUUCGGAAAUUAUACAACCAGUAUUUUAUCCAUCACCAUCAGUUAGCCGUCCAGCAUCACAUCUUACUGAAGAGGAGCAAGUAAAAAUCGCCAAACGGAUUGGUCUCAUACAACAUUUGCCGAUCGGGUCAUACGAUGGGUGCAGUAAGAAAUCUCGCGAAUGUGUAAUAUGUAUGGUUGAAUUUUCAGUAGAAGAAGCUGUACGAUAUUUACCAUGUAUGCAUAUAUAUCACGUUAGCUGUAUUGAUGAUUGGCUGAUGCGUAGUUUAACAUGCCCAAGUUGUAUGGAACCGGUUGAUGCCGCUCUUCUAACAACCUACGAAACGACGUAAAGUUAUAUAUGAAAUUUAUUGCAUAUAUGACAAGAAAUUAUAUUUAGAAAUAGAUUGAAAACUGUAAAAAAUAAUAGGAACUAGUAAAAACACGAAUGGGAAGGCGAAAGGCAAAAGUGUGUAACAACGGUGGGCGAGUGAGAAGAAAUGUUUUUUUUUUUGUUUUAUUUUCAUAUCUUUUAGGCAUCCAUCAAUCCUACCCAUAAAAUGAAUUCUUAGUUUCACCCUUUAUCGAUACGUAAAUGUUAAUAAAAAGCAAAUGUAAUAGAGAUGUUUUGGUAAUUUAUAGAAAUCCGAAAAAUAAAAACACACGAUGGCCAUGAUCAGUCCAUCUGAUCAUCGUCCAUAUGUACCAGCGGUACAGAUCAUGUGAAAAUGCCGAAACAAUUUAUAUAAAUAUACGUGUAUAUACACAUAAUUUCAGCAAUUUAGGGCUAUAAUCUCGUUUUUGGAUUAUAUAUAAGAUACGCCUAUGCAUAUACAUAUGUAGAUAAGUAAACAUAAAAGUUUCAAGAAUCAUUAGAUAGAAAAACAAUGAAUACCUAUAAAUAUAUCUAAUUUGUUUUACAUGGAA